CCCAAGAAGUGUCCUUUCGGAGCAAUCCACAUUAUCAACCUUCCCACCAAUCUUGAGUCGCAAGUCACUCACCGUUACUCCGCGAAUUCGUUCAAACUCCAUCGUCUUCCCACACCGCGUCCCGGUCAGGUUCUUGGUCUCGUUGGCACCAACGGUAUCGGAAAGUCGACGGCGCUCAAGAUUCUAUCCGGAAAGCAGAAGCCGAAUUUGGGACGCUACGACAACCCGCCAGACUGGAAUGAGACGCUCCAGUACUUCCGUGGUAGUGAGCUGCAGAAUUACCUUACCAAGGUCGUGGAGGACAACCUGAAGGCCGUCGUCAAGCCCCAGUAUGUCGACAAAUUGCCUCAGGCGAUUCGAGGACAGGUUCGGAGUGUCGAGGCGCUGCUCAAGCAGCAGUGCCAGAUGGAUAACAUGCAGGAGAUGAUCGAUGUUUUGGAGCUGGGCCCAGUUCUGCAAAGAGAUGUUGAGCAGUUGUCCGGAGGAGAGCUUCAGCGAUUCGCCAUUGCUGUCGCCUGUGUUCAGAAAGCGGACGUGUAUGUUGUUGCACUCCCGUCGCUAUUGGGUGUUGGCUGAUGGUUAUGCUAGGUACAUGUUCGACGAGCCUUCAUCCUACCUGGAUGUUAAGCAGCGUUUGAAGGCUGCCAGCACUAUCCGUGGCCUUCUGCGGUCGGACGACUACGUCAUCGUCGUCGAGCACGAUUUGUCGGUGCUGGACUACCUGUCCGACUUCAUCUGUGUACUCUAUGGAAAGCCGUCGGUGUACGGUGUGGUUACACUGCCUGCCUCCGUGCGUGAAGGAAUCAACAUCUUCUUGGACGGUCACAUUCCCACUGAGAACUUGCGUUUCCGUGAAGAGUCGCUGCAAUUCCGAAUUGCGGAAGCUGGAGACGAGUUCAUGGUCGACCGGUCACGUCAGUUCAAAUACCCCAAGCUGGAGAAGACGCUCGGUGGCUUCCACCUCUCGAUCGACCCUGGUGAGUUCACCGACUCCGAAAUCAUCGUCAUGAUGGGAGAGAAUGGAACCGGAAAGACCACUUUCUGUAGGAUGUUGGCCGGUGCCGAGCAGCCCGACGGCACUAAGAAGAUGCCCAAGAUGAGCGUCUCCAUGAAGCCCCAGAAGAUCAACCCCAAGUUCCCUGGUACCGUCCGCGAACUGCUCAUGAAGAAGGUCCGCGCUUCGUUCCUGAACCCUCAGUUCCAGACCGACGUCUACAAGCCUCUCCGCAUCGACGACUUCAUCGACCAGGAAGUCAAGCACUUGUCCGGAGGAGAAUUGCAGCGUGUCGCCAUUGUCCUGGCGCUCGGCCAGCCCGCCGAUAUUUACCUCAUCGACGAGCCCUCUGCCUAUCUCGACUCCGAACAGCGUAUCAUUGCCGCCCGUGUCAUCAAGCGCUUCAUCAUGCACGCCAAGAAGACUGCCUUCGUCGUCGAGCACGAUUUCAUCAUGGCUACCUACUUGGCCGACCGUGUUAUCGUGUUCGAGGGUGAACCUUCUGUGGACGCCAUGGCAACAGCUCCUCAGAGCUUGUUGACCGGAUGCAACCAGUUCUUGAAGAACUUGAACGUUACCUUCCGACGUGAUAAGAGCUCUUUCCGGCCCAGAAUCAACAAGCUUGACUCGCAGUUGGAUCAGGAACAGAAGCUGAGCGGAAACUAUUUCUUCUUGGAGGACAACAACAACUAAACAGCUUGAUUUGCGGGUACAAUGGCGGCUACGGUUGCUUGCAGUAGAGUUACUAGAUUUAUAGUGCUGCGAAUGGCACCGCCGUCGGAGUGAGAAAUCUGGGCUGGAGGGUUGUGAUUAAGUACUUCGGCAGGGCAGGUUCAAAAAGGCAGUCGUGCGGCAUAAUAAAAAGAAGACGGCUGGGUUAGAUGUGGUUUGCAAUGUUUUUCCAUGUAGUUUUUAUGUUCAUCAUUCUGUGUGUGACUACAUCUAGUCACAACAGUAUGUUUUCUCUACGAGACAAGUGAAUUGCUUCCUCCGAAUAGUGACCCGAUAUAGCAC